UCGCAGUUGCUGCCCGCCGCCUCCUGGAUACUGGCUCAUAAAUGCACCCUUGCUUAAACAUUGACGAAGUUGUGCAGAAUAUUGUCGGGCAUGCAGGAAAUAACUCGACUCUCCAUAGCCUUGCGCUAGCGUGCCGUGCAUUCGUCGAGCCGGCAAACGAUAGGCUGUGGGUCCAUCUAAAGGGUCUCAAGCCCUUGGUCAAUUGUUUGCCAGACUAUCUGGUAGGCACAUCUCAAACUUCUGACAAUGUCCUGGUGAGCCCUUAAU